AUGAAAUUGGAAGAAAAGCAGAGCUACCAGGCAGCGGACAGCACGCCCACACCCACCACAGCUACGCCCACAAACAAGAAUUUCGUACCUUGCAAAGUCUGCGGAGACAAAGCUUCAGGUUAUCAUUACGGAGUGACGUCAUGCGAAGGCUGCAAGGGUUUCUUCAGGCGCAGCAUCCAGAAACAGAUCGAGUACAGAUGUCUGAGAGACGGGAAGUGUUUGGUUAUUAGACUCAACCGAAAUAGAUGUCAGUACUGUCGAUUCAAGAAGUGUCUGGCCGUUGGCAUGUCGAGAGACUCUGUGCGAUAUGGGCGUGUCCCCAAGAGGUCCCGCGAACGAGAGGGCGAUGGGCGUGGCGAAGGCUCGGAAAUGGUAGCCAGGGAGGUCGAAAACAAGCAGUUGGCCAUCUAUGAUAUUAUUCUGACCAUCUCGCAGGCACACCACGCCAAUUGUGCCUACACGGAGGAGAAGACCAGAGCGCUCGUCAGGAAGCCUAUUAUUUUUAACACGUCUGAAGUGAGCAGCGACCCCGAAGCAGCCUCCUCCACGAUGGACACCCUUGAACACCAGAAGAUCACUAUGUGGCAGAGCUUCGCCGUUUUCAUGACCCCUUCUAUACAGCGGGUGGUCGAAUUUGCCAAAAGAGUACCAGGAUUCUCGGAGUUGUCGCAAGAUGAUCAACUUAUUCUCAUCAAGGUCGGGUUCUUUGAGCUGUGGCUGACGCAUAUCAGCCGGAUGAUCAGCUCCGUGGACAACACACUCACGUUUAGCGAUGGUUCUUACGUCACUCGCAGUCAGAUGGAAAUGAUGUUCGAUCAAGACUUUGUCACGACGAUAUUCAACUUCGCGAUGUCGUUCAACAACCUGAAUCUGAACGACACGGAACUCGCGCUGUUCACGGGCGUCGUGCUCCUGACGGCGGAGCGGCCGGGCAUCACCGACUCCAAGGUCAUAGAGCAGCAGCAGGACCGGAUCAUCGAGGCCCUUCGGGUGCAGGUGGGCAGGAACCACGCCAGCGAGACGCACCUGUUUCCCAACGUGGUGAUGAAGAUGCCCGAGCUGCGGCAGAUCGGAGCCAAACACCAGGAACACUUGAACUGGUUCCGGUCCAGCUGGUCAAGGCUCAAACUUCCACCUCUCUUCGCUGAGAUCUUCGACAUACCCAAGUGUGAGGAGGACCUCUUAUGAGGAGUGUGGUGUAGGAAUAAUCUCGGCAAAGUAGUGUCAUAGCCAUUGCCCGGUGGACCAAGCGUGUGAUAGUGUCAUCCCCGAGUGCGUACGUGCGUGCGUGUGUGUAUGUGGGAUCCCCAGCCUCAUCACAGAUCCACGCCCGCCAUCAGCCACAUCCACUCAGAACCAAGCCCACACGGAACCCACGCCCACCUGGUCGCAGCCGCAAUAUUGGUAGUCCGUCGACAUCGUGUUAGGUAGUCUAAUCACGAUCAGGUCGUAGGCUUUACAUGCUGUCUGAAGAUCAUGAGCCGUCGCUUCCGAGUGAACGAAGAAGGGAGGAGCCAAUGCGACUGCGUGGAGACUUCCGACCUCCUCUGUGGGUGCAGAGGCAGGUUGCCUCCGGAGAUAUUCGACAGAUGUACAAAGCACCUCCAGGACGUGUCUUGGAGACUAGGAACGUCUCAGAGUUUCGUCUUCAGGAUCUGGAAGCUACCGAGAGUCCCGGGAUGAGUAGCGUAACAUCCUGUGCAUGGUGGUACCCGCUAGUGUUACUUUGGAAUGAGAGUGUUGGUAUGAAAAUAUAGCAAGUUUCCCACUGCCAUGUUGCUCCUCGGCCAGAAGCCAACGUGAUAGCGUUACCAAUAUUUAUUCUACUUUAUUGUGUUCUUGGUGGCGUCUAGCAUGUAUCUAGACACCAGGACAAGCGGGACAGUGUGGGCCACUGAUACAGCACUCUGACGUGCCUCUCACGCUAGAGCUAUACGUACACUGUCAAAAGAGACAAACAGUUGUAACGUUCUUGUCAGUACAAGUGUCACUUUGUAACACUCAAUGAACUCUUCUUCCUCACCAGAACAAGUUCAGCCAAAUUGUGUUGCAAGAAUGAGACAUAUCGAGUGUUUGUAUAGCAAAAUUUUAAAGCGCAUUUGUCUGUGCUGUUGGUGACUGCAGAUCAGCGCCUCAGAGUGACUGUUUAUAAAUACUCAUGUCCCAGCAGCGUGCACCACCAAGAGCUUGUACUCGGUGUGUAGUGUCUGUAUUUAGUGAAAGAGCACAAUAGUGGACAAGUCUGCUGCAGUUUCUGCUACUUCUGCUGAUUAUUCUGCUGUUACCUCCAUCAUCCUUUGCCCUCCUCCCACAUGACCAGUCACUCCUUCACUGCCCCUCAGCUGAAAAACGAAAUAAUGUCCUAAGAUUUCUUUCACAGGAAGCCUGCUUGAACUCAAGCACUAAGCACAAAGAUAAGUUUCCUCUUAAGAAUCCCUCAUAACAAAUAUAAAUGUGACCACCAU